GAACCCAAAAAAAAUAAAAAAAUAAAAGAAAAACGAGGAAGACGUGAUGAGACCCCCGGGCCCACUGCAAUAUUUUCCGAUACGGCGAUUCCGUAUCGUAGAUGAUGCAUCGUCCUUUAUAUACGUCGAUAAGUUGGUGGGUGACCUGGCAAUUGCUAAAUGGCAUCGUCAGCCGCCACGGAGGGCGGGGCAGCAGCGUCGCUGAAGGCGGUGAUCCAGCGCGUGGAACAGGCAGCCGAGCGGUCGGGGCGUGAUGUGAAACAGAUUCGAUUGGUGGCAGCGAGCAAGACGAAAGCAGUUUCUGUUCUCCGUGAGGUAUACGAUGCUGGCCAUCGAUGCUUCGGUGAGAACUACGUUCAGGAACUCGUUCAGAAAGUCCCCCAGCUUCCAGAUGAUAUCGAGUGGCAUUUCAUCGGCAAUUUGCAGAGCAAUAAAGUCAAGACUCUUCUCACUGCUGUUCCCAACAUUGCUUGUGUGGAGACUAUAGAUGAUGAGAAGAUAGCAAAUCUUCUUGAUCGUGCUAUAGCAAACAUGGGCAGGAAACCGUUGAAAGUUUUUGUUGAAGUGAAUACAAGUGGAGAAACGUCAAAAUAUGGUGUUGAACCAGCUCGGUGUGUGGACCUUGUAAAACAUAUUAAAAACUGCCCAAACCUUGAGUUUAAUGGCCUAAUGACAAUUGGCAUGCUGGAUUAUUCAUCCACCCCCGAAAAUUUUAAGGUGGCGGCUUUACAUUUUGGACACGAUUUUCUCCAGACGUUAUCCAAUUGUAGAAGUGAAGUUUGUGCGGCACUUGGAAUAUCAGAAGAGCAAUGUGAGUUGUCAAUGGGCAUGACUGCAGACUUUGAACAAGCUAUUGAAAUGGGAAGUACAAAUGUUAGGGUUGGAACAGCCAUAUUUGGGCCCAGAGAGUAUCCAGUGAAUCCCAGAGAGUAUUCACUGAAAGAUGAGCAGUAGCUGUCUUCAUUUUGCAGUCUUGUUUGUGUCGGUAUUGUGUUGCUUAGACUCACAUGCCAAAGUCGUAGAGCAGCAUGAACAAAUUAUUAAAGCUGGAAGUAAAUACAGCGAGAGCACAAGAGUAGUAGUCAACAAGCUACGAGAGAGCUCUGAAUUCAGAAUAAUCUUCUAGACUGAACGUUAUAUGCAUUGCUGCUUAUCUGUCUAAUGUAAAAGCCAGCCUAUUCAAAUGAAGCUGAACCAAAAUAUUCUUAGAAAUUUAAACCUUGUGGCUUGGUUUGUCAUUUUAUGUUGCCCACAUGACAUGGGGUAUCCCUGUUCUCAGGGAAAUAAAUAUUUUUCAAUGACACUAGAAAAGUAAAGCA